GUAAUCUGUUGCAGUCUUUGUCUUUGGCUUUAACACGAUUACGUUUUGGAUUACGUGCACUAGUAAAUAAAGUGAUUGUUUAAUCCAAAAUAUAUGUCGCUAAUUUUCAUUACGUACCUAUAUUUUUAAUCAGUGAAUAUCUACUUUUAAGUGUUUUAAUUCUAAUUUUAAAAUAUGGCAGUGCUCGCUGCUGCUCAGUUGUUAGACGAGCUGAUGGGGAGACAUCGCAACACAAAUCCUAAUGAAAAGUUGAAAAAGCCUAACUGGGAGGAUCCGGAGUACUGUAAAUACUAUAUGGUGAAAUUUUGUCCUCAUGAUUUAUUUGUGAACACACGAGCUGACCUCGGUGUAUGCUCCAAAGUACAUGAUGAUGAAGUUAAGGCUCUUUUUGAAAAGGCAGAACCUUCAUACAAGAAAGCACAACAUGUGGAAGAAUUUUUGCGAUUCUGUAGACACAUGAUCAAUGAUGUUGAAAGAAAAAUUAUGAAAGGAAAGCAAAGACUAGAAUUGAUGAAUUCAAAACCAGAAGGACCACCUAUGACACAAGCUCAAAGUGAAAAGAACCAGGAACAGGUUCAACUUUUAUCUGAAAAAAUAUCUUCUCUGGUGCAAGAAGCAGAAGAAGCUGGUACGAGAGGCGAUGUAGAACAAGCUCAAGGUCUGAUGAAGCUAUGUGACAGACUUAAGGAAGAGAAAGAGCAGCUUUUGAAACAACAGGAGAACAGCCAUUGGUCAAUGACUGCUGAGCUAGCAGCCGCUCAGGAGAAGCAGAUGGAAGUGUGUCCGGUGUGCGGUGCGUUCCUUAUUGUUGGUGAUGCUCAACAACGUAUUGACGAUCAUCUGUCUGGCAAACAGCAUGUUGGAUAUUUCAAGCUUCGUCAAGCUUACGAGGAAAUGAACGAGGCGAGGGAGAAAGAACAGCAAGAGAAAGAGAGAAAGCGUAGAGAAGAGAGAGAUAGAGAGCGCAGUUCGCGAGGAGGCGGUCUAGGAUCUGACAGACGUGACAGAGAACGCAUGGAGAGAGACAGAGAGCGCGAUAGAGACCGCAGUGACAGGGGAGACCGCGAUAAAGACAAGGAUAAGGAUAGAGAACGUCAUCGGUCAAGUCGGGACGACAAAAGCAGUCGAGAUGAGAGAAACAGUCGUGAAGAGAAGAACAGUCGUGAGGAGAAAAACAAUAGGGACGAGAAGGGUCGCCACGAGGAGAGAGACCGCGACCGGGAGAGGGAGAGGGAGAGAGAGAGGGACCGCGACCGUGAACUUGGCAGCCAUGGGAAAUCUCCGCAUCAGCCCACAAAACGAGGUACUUUUGAAAUUAAAGCGAACCCUGAAGACCAAGAACAACAGACUGAUGAGCUGCAACGGUUACGAGGUGACAUAGAAUAGUCACACUUACUCAUAAGAUUGUAUUAUUGUUAGCGAUAUUUUUAAUUCGUUUUAAUGGAUACGAAUGCAUGUAGUCCGAAUACAUAAAUGGACAUUUAUUUUCACUGAGACGAAUAAGGCAAUGUAUGUCGAUGUAGCUACCUCUAAUGUUUGUCCUCUAGGAAGGUCACUGUUAUUUCUGUAAUCCAGUUUGAGGAGACAUUCAGGUAUUUAUGAAAAAAAAUAAUAUCUUAUUUUCGUCAAUAAUAAUGUGUUAUUGAUUUCGCUUUGUGUUAUUUUAGUGUGAAUGAUAGGGCAAUUUUCAAGGAUUAAAUAUUUAAU